AUGAUUGAUACAACAAGCGUGAAGAACAUUGAAGCUAUUUCAACAAUUCGUUCCAAAUUAUGGCAAUUCAUCCGGAAAUAUUUCCUAGAGGGACAAAAAUAUACAUUUGAGGAAAGUACAAUUGUUGAAGAAAAUCAUAAAAAUAUCGAUGAUUUAUUGAUUAGACAUCGAAAAUUAUUCGGUAAUUUGCUAUAUUAUAAUUAA